GUAUCUAUUGUAGUAUAUUUUGUGUGGAUGGAUGACAGGAGCAGGCAGAGCCGCGAAGCUAUCGCGAAGCCAUCAAGCGUAACAAUACCUACCACAAGGUAUUUUAUUCAUUUUGAUGUGUAUGUAGCGUACCGUAAAUUAUAGUGUAGUGAACAUACACCUUGAAAUCAUGAGGGAUAGUAUUAUAACUUAUUUACAGGACCCUUUAUUAGUGGUCAAGGUGCAAAAUUUUUUCGGUGUUAUUUACAAUAGACAUGUGCAAAAUAAUGAUACGUCUGUGAUAAACUCUGAUCGUUUGGAGCGUUUAGUUGAAGAAAAUGAUUUGAAGCAGCAUAAAAGAAUACCGAGUAAUACGUCUACCAGUUCACAGUCCUCUUACGAGACGGAUUCUUCAGUCGAAAGAGAGGAAAUUGAGUGUACUAUCAAUAAUAAGUUUUGGUACUAUCUUUUCGUCGUGGGAACUGCUCUGGGAGAUGAGAUUUUUUACGCUACAUUCAUCCCGUUUUGGUUUUGGAAUAUCGACGGUGCUGUUGGCAGAAGGGUGGUCUUGGUGUGGACUGUUGUAAUGUACAUUGGUCAAGGUUUCAAAGACAUAAUACGCUGGCCUCGCCCCGGAUACCCUGUGAAGAAAUUACAGACGAAAUGGGCAAUUGAAUAUGGAAUGCCAUCCACUCACGCCAUGGUCGGGGUGUCAAUACCAUUCUCCGUACUGCUUUAUACGAUGGACAGGUACCAGUAUCCAGUGCAUUGGGGCCUUUUCAUUGCCACAGCGUGGUGUACUCUGAUCUGCAUCAGUAGGAUUUACCUGGGCAUGCAUAGUGUUUUGGACAUAGCCGCUGGCCUGCUAUUGUCUACAGCGCUCCUGGUGGUUCUCAUUCCAACUGUCGACUGGCUGGAUGGAGUUCUACUCGCUUCUAAUUACUCGCCGAUACUAGUCCUAGCCGUUUCUAUACUUGUCAUAGUAUUCCAUCCAAAUGCUGAUAAAUGGACACCUACAAGAGGCGACACGACAAUGAUAGUCAGUGUGUGCGCAGGCAUCCUGGCGGGGUCGUGGACCAACUACCAGACCGGCAACAUGGCCCCCAGCGAGGCCAGCCCGCCCUACGAGAUCAUAUGGCCCUCCGUCGAGAUGAUCGGCUGCACAAUACUGCGCACCAUACUCGGCUUUUGCGGCGUUCUAGCCACAAGGGCUUUCGGCAAGUCGAUUUCAUACGCAUUCGUCUGUGCGCUAUUAGGCAAAGACAAAAACGAGUUGCGCAAUUCUGAAAACAGUCUGGACAACAAAAAUAAAAUUAUCGUUGAACUCAGCUAUAAAUAUUUCACGUACGGAAUGAUAGGGUUCAAUACGACUUAUGUGUUUCCAAAUGUGUUUGAUCUGCUGCUGAUUAACAGGCCUACUUACUAUACGGAGAUAUGAUAGGAUAUGGAUUUGAGCUGUUUAUUAGUCAUUCAAGUGUCAUGUUGAUGUUACUAUGCGGACAUAUAAAACUAACUCACAGUCUAACUUAUACCACAUUCGUUUAGGUACUUAAAAAUAGGUAUAAUAUGAAAUGUACACUUUAAAAUCAAUAUCUUUGGAUAUUGCAAAUCAACUUUAUUUUAAAGUGUACAAUUACAUAAUAUUUUUUUAAGUACCUACCUAAAGAGACGUGAUACAAUUUUUUAGCACCAGCGUUUCCAGAUUUUUUUUUUUUGGCAAAGCGGGAAUUUUUGACAUAAUGGGUAAAAAGGCGGGAUUAUUU